AUGGCCUCCUUUGCGCGCCCCUCUAUGCUGAGGCAGACUGCCAUGGCAUCCCGAUGCGCCGCCAUCUCUUCCGUCGCGACCCGAGCUGCCAUUGCUCGUCCCGCCGUCGUUGCGGCUUUCCACACUUCCAGCAAGCGCCCUGCGUUCCUGCCACCCGGUCCUCUAAACGACCCUGCCUUCGUCCCCGAGGCCAACUCCGCCCACGGCUCCUACCACUGGGCCACCGAGCGCCUCCUCGCCGCAUCCCUCGUCCCCCUCACCAUCGCCCCGUUCGCCGCCGGGUCCCUCAACCCCUUCACCGAUGCGAUCCUCUGCGGCGCCGUCCUCCUCCACUCGCACAUGGGCUUCCAGCAGGUCGUCACCGACUACAUCCCCAAGCGCGGCUGGCCCCGUCUCCACAAGGCCUUCUGGUGGGCCCUGAACCUGGCGACCGUCACCGUCGGCGUGGGACUGUACGAGUUCGAGACGAACGAUGUUGGCGUCACGGAGGCUAUCAAGAGGGUCUGGAAGGCAUAG